AAGAAAAAAUAUUUUUCAACCAAACUUCAUUUUGAAAUGUCACAACAAGUCUCACUAUAUUUGUAUGGAAUCUUUUCUAAUGUAUACUGUUCGUCAUACUCGCACUCACGCUCUCUCCCUCUCUCACUUUGUGUCUGUGUCUCUUCCGCAGCUCUGCCCAAGGCUCCAGGGACCCCCGUGGUGACAGAGCGGACCGCCACCAGUAUCACACUCACGUGGGACUCUGGGAACCCGGAGCCCGUCUCCUACUACGUCAUACAGCACCGGGCCAAGGGCUCCGAGGACCCCUAUAAGGAGAUCGACGGCAUCGCCACCACACGCUACAGCGUGGGCGGCCUCAGCCCCUACUCCCACUACGACUUCCGCGUGGCGGCCAUCAACACCAUCGGCAAGGGCCCCUCCAGCGACGUGGUGGAGGCCCGCACGGCCGAGCAGGCCCCCUCCUCACCCCCGCGACGGGUCAGAGGUCGCAUGCUGAGCACCACCACAGCGAUCGUCCACUGGGACGAGCCGGAGGAGGCCAACGGACAGGUGGUGGGCUACAGGGUCUACUACACCUCUGACAACACCCUGCCCGUGAACCAGGUGUGUAAGCAGAUGGUGCGCAGCGCCAAAUUCAUCACCAUCCAGGGUAUGACACCUAACAAGACCUACAACAUCAGGGUCCUGGCCUUCACCUCAGUAGGGGACGGACCCCUGUCCCAGGACCUGCAGAUCAUCGCCAAGACCGGAGUUCCAUCCCAGCCCUCGGACUUCAAGGGGGAGGCCAAGUCCGAGACCAGCAUCCUGUUGUCCUGGGUGGCCCCGCCGCAGAGCAGCCCGGACAACCAGAUCACCGGCUACGAGCUGGUCUACCGGCGCCCUGACCACACAGAGGAGAAGGCUAGCUUUGAGCCCACCACCUCCUACCUGCUAAAGAACCUCAAGCCCUUCUCCACCUACACCUUCCCUGCCGCCCGCAGCAAGCACGGGGUGGGGGCCUACACCAACGAGGUGUCCAUAGAGACGCCCCAAACACUCCCCUCCGCGCCUCCCCAGGAGGUGGUGUGCACCAGCUCCAGCUCCACCAGCGUGCUGGUAAGUUGGGCCCCGCCCCCGGAGGAGUUCCACAACGGGCUGGUCACGGGCUACACCGUGCGGUACGCGCCCACCGAGGGCAACCGGACGUCCGGGCGGGCGGAGCGCGUCCCGGCGCCGCCCUACCUCCUGGAGGACCUUCUGAAGUGGACCGAGUACGGCAUCACCGUGCGGGCCGCGACGGAGGCCGGGGAGGGGCCCGAGAGCUUACAGCUGCUGGUCCGCACUGAAGAAGAUGUUCCUAGCGGGCCCCCGCGGGCAGUGGAGGGGGAGGCGGUCAAUGCCUCGGCCAUUAGGGUGAAGUGGCGCGCGCCCGCCCCCCCGUUGCAGCACGGCCAGAUCCGAGGCUACCAGGUCCACUAUGUGAGGACCAGCUACGGGGAGCCCCAGGGGCAGCCCUCCAUCAAGGACAUCCUCAUGGAGGACUCCCAGUGGGAAUACGAUGACUCAACUCAAUAUGAGGUGCUUCUGGGAGAUUUGAAGGCAGACACGUCUUACUCUGUGUCCGUGGGGGCUUACACCGCCAAGGGGGACGGGGCACGCAGCAGAGCCCUAGCAGUCUGCACCGCCAUGCCGCUGCCGGACAAACCCACGCUGACGGUGCUGGCCACCGACUCGGCCACAGCCCUGCUGCAGUGGCAGCCUCCCCCCUCGGCCCCCACCCCGCUGCUGGGCUACCGGCUCACCCUGGGCCGGGUGGACGUGCUACCCCUCACCGUGGUGGAGUUCCCCGCCCGUGAGCGGCGCUACACCGCCCAGGACGUCCACAAGGGGGCGCGCUACGUCUUCCGCCUCUCCGCCCGCAACAAGAUGGGCUACGGGGAGGAGGCUGCGGAGGAGGUGGCCACCCCUGAGGACUGCCCCAGCGGGUACCCGGAGGGCCUGGUGGCCCAAGAGAACACCGCCUCCUCCAUCCAGCUGGCCUGGAAGGCCGUGCCACUGGUGGAGCAGAACGGGAGGAUCGUCAAGUACUCAGUUCUGUACAGGGACAUCAACAGCAGGGGCAAUGCCUCGGAGGUUGUCGUGGGAACCCCGAACUCGAGCGUGCUGUUGGAGGGCCUGAGUGCCGACACGGUGUACGAUGUGAGGGUGUGUGCGUUUACCGCUGUGGGUCCCGGGCCCUACAGCCCCGGGGUCCAGUUUAGGACGCAGCAGCUGGGCCAAGUGUUCGCAACCAACUUUAGGGUGAAGGCGGCCAUGAAGAACUCUGUUCUGCUCUCCUGGGAGGUUCGGGACAAGAACCCUGCCCCGCCGUUCACUAUCCUGUACGGUAAGGGCCAGUCGGUGGACGUGGACGGUAAGCAGACCCUGAAGCUGAUCAUGGGCCUGGAGCCCAACACCCAGUACUCCUUCCUGCUGACCAACCGGGCAAACAGCGCUGGGGGGCUUCAGCACCGGGUCACCGCCACCACCGCGCCGGACAUCCUGAAGACCAAGCCCACGCUGGUGGGCAAGACCAACGCAGACGGUAUGGUGACCGUACAGCUGCCCACUGUGGACACCACCGCCAAAGUCAGGGGUUACUACGUGGUGGUGUUACCGCUGAAGAGGCAGAGAGGCGGGAAGUUCCUGAACCCCUGGGAGGAACCGGACCAGAUGAACAUGGAUGAGCUCCUGAAAGAGAUCAACCGGACCAGUGUGAGCCGGGCCCUACGAGUCCGCCGGCAAGCAGCCCAAUCAGAGCCCAAGGCUUACGUCACAGCUCAGUUCAAGACCCUCCCCCCUGAGUUCACCCUCGGCGACGGCCGAAACUACGACGACUUCCGGAACCGUCCUCUGCUGAAUGGGCAGGAGUACGUGUUCUUUGUUCUGGCGCUGAUGGACCUCUCUGAAAAUACCAUGUUCUCCACGAGCCCCUACUCUGACCCCGUGACCUCCUCGGACGCCGACCCUCAGCCCAUCGUGGACGAGGAGGAGGGGCUGUUGUGGGUUGUGGGCCCGGUGUUGGCCGUCAUCUUCAUCGUCUGCAUCGUCAUCGCGAUUCUCCUCUUCAAGAGCAAACCUGACAGGAAGAGGGCUGAGGCGGAGGGCAGGAAGGGCAGCUUCCCGUGCAGCAAGGCCAUGUCCUCACACCAUCCCACAGACCCCGUGGAGCUCCGCAGGAUCAACUUCCAGACCCCAGGUAUGGCGAGUCAUCCCCCGGUGCCGAUCUCGGAACUGACUGAUCACAUCGAGCGCCUGAAGGCAAACGACAACCUCAAGUUCUCCCAAGAGUAUGAGUCGGUUGACCCCGGUCAGCAGUUCACGUGGGAGAACUCCAACCUGGAGGUGAACAAAGCCAAGAACCGCUACGCCAACGUAAUCGCGUACGACCACUCCAGGGUCGUCCUCGCCAGCAUCGACGGGGUGCCAGGCAGCGACUACAUCAACGCCAACUACAUCGACGGCUACCGCCGGCAGAGCGCCUACAUCGCUACGCAGGGCUCCCUGCCCGAGACCUUCUGUGACUUCUGGAGGCUGGUGUGGGAGCAGCACACCGCCAACAUCAUCAUGAUGACCAAGCUGGAGGAGAAGUCACGGAUGCCCUCUUUUUUCUUCUCUAAGGUGAAGUGUGACCAGUACUGGCCGACGCGCGGGACCGAGACCUACGGGCUGAUCCAGGUGACCCUGCUGGACACGGUGGAGCUGGCCACCUACUCCGUCAGGACCUUUGCCCUCUACAAGAGCGGCUCCAACGAGAAGCGGGAGGUCCGCCAGUUCCAGUUCACGGCCUGGCCGGACCAUGGCGUGCCCGAGCACCCCACCCCCUUCCUGGCCUUCCUGCGCCGCGUCAAGGCCUGCAACCCCCCAGAUGCCGGACCCAUGGUGGUCCACUGCAGCGCCGGGGUGGGCCGUACCGGUUGCUUCAUCGUGAUUGACGCCAUGGCUGAGCGAAUCAAGCAGGAGAAGGCGCUGGACAUCUACGGCCACGUGACGCUGAUGCGCUCCCAGAGGAACUACAUGGUGCAGACGGAGGACCAGUACGUCUUCAUCCACGACGCCCUGCUGGAGGCCGUCACCUGCGGCAACACCGAGGUGCCGGCCCGCAACCUCUUCUCCUACAUCCAGAGGCUGACCCAGGUGGAGCCCGGGGAGAGCAUCACCGGCAUGGAGCUGGAGUUUAAGCGCCUGGCCAGUGCCAAAGCCCACACCUCACGCUUUGUGAGCGCCAACCUGCCGUGCAAUAAGUUCAAGAACCGACUGGUCAACAUCAUGCCCUACGAGACCACGCGCGUGUGUCUGCAGCCAAUCAGAGGAGUGGAGGGCUCGGACUACAUCAACGCCAGCUUCAUCGAUGGAUACAGGCAGCAGAAGGCAUACAUCGCGACGCAGGGCCCCCUGGCUGAGACCACCGAGGACUACUGGAGGAUGCUGUGGGAGCACAACUCCACCAUCGUGGUCAUGCUCACCAAGCUGAGGGAGAUGGGACGGGAGAAGUGCCACCAGUACUGGCCCGCCGAGCGCUCAGCCCGCUACCAGUACUUUGUGGUGGACCCAAUGGCCGAGUACAACAUGCCCCAGUACAUCCUUCGAGAGUUCAAGGUCACCGACGCCAGGGACGGCCAGUCGAGGACAGUCCGUCAGUUCCAGUUCACCGAUUGGCCGGAGCAGGGAGUGCCAAAGUCAGGGGAGGGGUUCAUCGACUUUAUCGGCCAGGUGCACAAAACUAAAGAGCAGUUUGGCCAGGACGGACCCAUCUCAGUCCACUGCAGCGCCGGGGUGGGCCGGACUGGGGUGUUCAUUACCCUCAGCAUCGUGCUGGAGAGGAUGCGCUACGAGGGCGUGGUGGACAUCUUCCAGACGGUCAAGAUGCUUCGAACGCAGAGACCCGCCACCGUCCAGACAGAGGACCAGUACCAGUUCUGCUACAGGGCCAGUCUGGAGUACCUGGGGAGCUUCGACCACUAUGCAACAUAAACAGCCCCUAGGCCCGGCCCCUUGCUCAGUGCACUCCCCUAGGCCUGUGUCUGCAGCUCUAGAGCAGUUCACUCGGCAUCUACAGGGUGCCCUCCCCACCACCCCACCCCCGCCCCCGACCCCCUCUCCCAAGAGAUGAUAUCCACCCUACAUCCAGGCGGGGGUGGGGGGGGGGGGGCGAGCGGCCUACCACACACCCUGACUGAGCACCUCUUCUUGAGCCAUAGCCGUCUGCUGGACCAGAGGUGCUGACCUGCACCCCAAAGCCCAGAAUCAGCCCACCGGUCUUGCUGGCCGGGUGCAAGACGAAAAGAAGAAUUAUAGUAAUAAAUCCAUCAUUUUUUAGUUCUGGUUGUGUGUGAGAAGCCAUGGGGUUGCAUGAUGAUGUGAAGGUCAUGAUCCACGCAGCACCGGAGUAGCGCCACCAGCCCGCAGACCACAGGGGAGUAUCUGCAGUAUUGGACGACCACGGGAGAGCCCAGACCUUGUCGCUUGUCUUUCAGCGUGUUUUUGGGGACACCAUCUAGAAAUAGCUUCGGAUCGCAUCAUAUCCAAGCCUCGCGGAGCGAAGCGGUCAGCCAACGGAGAGAGACUUGUGCGGAAGAUAAAUUGCCAAUAGGACACGGACGUUACCCAAACACAAACACAUCCAAAUCAAAAAAGACUCAAGAUGUUGUUUCGUUUUGGAAACAGACUCUCGUUUCCUUCGAGCGGAAAAAAAAAAGACAAUAUUUCUACCGUACCGUUAUCAAACAGAGAUGAACAAAUACAAAAACACCAUUUCAACCUUAUUGUCCACAUUUUCAGAUAUAAAGCAGAUCUAUAUGGGACUGGCCCGACGGUGUACCACUAUGUCAAACAUCCAUUUAGGUUUUUAAAUAUCCCCGUGUAUCUCCAUUUUCGUUGUUGUCGUUUUUUUUUAUUACUGACUUUUGACCUUGGUGCGUCACCCACCGGCAAGGUUGCAAAAUGUUUUCUUUUUUUAUUCUGACGACUUUUCUUUUCCCUGCGGUACUGUUCUCAACGUGUACAAUCAAAGUCAGCGCAAACGUGUUCACAGAGCAGUGUUAGCCAACGCCGCCGUUAGCCGCUACACUCGUUUCUACUAGCACACAAUGUACCGCCACACAGACACACACACACACACACAGCGUCGCUACAAAUCUUACCAAGCCGUGUUAUAUGUGAUCGAUGUGUGUGUGCACGUUUUUGGCGGCGCACAACAGACACACAACUACAGUGUUAAGACCUGCAGAUCCCCCCGACAUGUCCCCCAGAAAACACUCUCCUAACACGGCUUUUUGUGCAGGUGUAGACCACUUCCGUAUUUAUAUAUAACACAAGACAGAAAAGAAUGCACAAAAUAAUAGGUUUUAUUAAAAAUAUGAAUAUAAAUAUGUCCAGAAAAAAGAUUUUGUUUUUCCAAGCAGGGACGUGGGGUGGGGUGGGGGGGUGAAGACGAGUGGGAGGAAGGUAAAGGGCAGGAAGAUUAUAAUUCAUUAUUGAAGGGCACACAAAUUAUCUUUCUCACUGGAAUGCUCACAUGUAUGAAUUUCCUCUCUGUCUGAUUCAGUGUGCAAUAAGUAGAUGUAUUAUUAGUAGAUAUAUUUUUGUGUCAAGUCACUAACUACAGUUAUAUGCCAUGAUUAUGAUGUUGAUGAUGACGAUGUUGAUAAUAACGAUCUUUUUCCAAACAAAACAAGGGGGUACUGCUCUCUCCACCAUUCAAUAUGACCUCUGACCUGGGAAGUUAAUCGUUGUCAUGUCACGAGUCACGACACCAGUCGAUGAUGUCGUCCAUCUGUGUCACAUGGAAAACAGCGAAUCAAUUCAACUACAAACAGCAUCUAAUAAUAUUUUUAAUUUUAGAUUUAUAGUGCCUUAUAUUACACGCCUAUUUUGAUAUAGUUACUUUAAAGGUUUUUGUUGUACGUGUGUGCGUGUGUGGCUGCGUGGUUGUGAUAAGAAUGUCACUGUAUGAUUUUGUUACGUUGUGUAUUAGAUAUGUUUUGUGUGUUCUGUUAUUGCCUGUGAAAUAGUUUUAUGGGACAAUUGAUCUGGACUGGUUGUUUGAAAUCAAGCAAAGAAAACAUUUUAUUUCUUUUCAUCCAUCCAAUCAUUUCAACAGUUUCCCCCGAAAGGAAAAUGAAAGAAAGGGAUUGGGAGUGAAGCGUUUAAGCUGUGUCCCUUGCAUACUAAACACAUUUAUCCACUUCUCUUACUGGGACUCUUGCACAAGAAAUGUGUAGAUACCUUUAUACGACAACUUCUGUCCGGCGGCCGUUGUUCUCCGACAGACGACCAAUGUUGGCAACGACUGUGAACGGGCUGCAGGAGCAAAGGCCACAGUAACUUAGCAUGUAGUAUUCUAGUGUGUAGAGCUGAAUUGCGGUGGUUCUGGUUUGAAAAAGAGCAACAUGACAAAGCCUCGUUCUUUUAUACGCGGCCACGUGUCCACCUUGAACCCUGACAUACCUAGACCGUAAGUCAUGCAGAGUUUCUGUUUCGUUUCUCUGUUUGCAUCUCCAUGUAUUUUUCUUUACUGACAAAGGCUGCGAGACGUUUUGGGUGUUAGUGUUGUCUGUACAAAGACACAGAGCCUACAUAGGGAUUUUUAUUCUAUAUACAUACAUACAUACAUAUAUAUAUAUAUAUAUAUCUUUGUACAUCUUUGUAUAUAUAUCUAUAAAUAUAUAUAUACAUACAUCUAUAUAAAUAUAUCUUUGUACAUCUUUAUAUAUAUAUAUAUAUAUAUAUAUAUAUAUAUAUAUAUAUAUAUAUAUAUAUAUAUAUAGAUAGAUAUAGAUAUAGAUAGAUAUAUAAAGAUAUAUAUAUAUACUCACAGAUCGUAUUCAUCCAUGUGUCACUGUUAAGGGAUCCGGUCAUAGUCGUCCCCAUCUUACAGUAAGCCCUGUUGUUGUUUUGAAUAUGCAUGGUACCACUUUUGAGAUGCCCCGCCCUGGUCGCACCUGUCAAGGGAAGACUUGCACUUUCUCUCUUUGUACUAUGCACUAGUAACACAGAUUAUCUCUCGUAGCCCACAAGUCCCCUAAAGGAGUUGCACUUGAAAUCAUGAGGAAAGUCGACCCCUGUUAUACUCACAUGGCUGUGUAAAUGUAAAUAACACACAACACAGAGGAUCAUCCGCUAAAAGAGAGAAAUACGUUAUUAAAUGUGGUCGGUUUAUAGAGUGAUACAACGGGAGUACACACCUCAAGUCACCGAUUGUGAGACACGCCGAUGUGCAAAAAGUCACAUUGAGAAUUUAUUGUCACAAAGUGUUAUAUAACCCCUCCCCCAAAUGAUAUUAUGUAGAUGGAUAAAACUGGAGUUUAUAAAUUGUAUGAAGACAAAAAAAACGAUGGUGUUACAUGAAUCAGUUCCAAUUGGUCUGUAAAUGUACGCUUUUAUUUGUUUAUUUAUUUCCUACUCCGAGUAAAACAAGUGCUUUUUAUUUUCUUACAUUGGUUCUCGGAGUCUGCGAAAUGGGGAAAAAAGAGGUCUGUAUGGAUUUCUGUUCUGUGUCAACACAAGUUUUAUUUGUUACAAUUAAACUCAAGUGAAAUGA